AUGAAUUAUUAAUUUGAAAUUAUAAAAAAGGUUUGGGCAUCUAAGAAAAUUUGGGCUUUUUUUAAAUAUCAACAUCUUUUAAACUAGAGAAUAAAAGAAUUAAUAAAAGAAUUAGAUCCAAAAAUACAAACUGUAAUUGAAUUGAAAGAGAAAAAAUAAUAAAUUGGAAUAACUAAUAAAUAAUUUACAAAAGCAUGUACUAAAGCUUUAGAGAAUCAAGCUAACCUUUUGAAACCAUUGAUAUUACUGAAUAAGAGAAAUAUUAUAAAUAAUUAGAAGUAUCUAAUUGAUAUUUUAUAAAUAAUUCAUUAUUCUACAAAUAAUGAAGAAUCUAAUUAUGUAGAGGAAACAAUGAAGAAUGCAAAAAAAAUAAAAGAAUAGAAAUAAGUAAGUUUAUGACAUAAUAUUUAGUUAUAUAAAAUAUUAGAAUUGAUAUUUGUGAUGUUAUAAAAUCAAUAAAAAGAAACAACUAAAUAUUAAAUAUUAAUAUGUUUAGAUUCCAUAUUAAAAUCAUUAAUGAAAUGCUCUUAAAAUAAUCCUGAAAUAUUGUAAAAUUUAAUAUAGUUUUAAAAAUAUAACAGGAGUAUUUCUUACAAAAAAUCUUAUUAAGGAAUAGGUCAAUUUAUAUAAGCAAUAACAUCUUUUGAUUGUAAAUUAAAACCAGAUUUGACACCAGAAAUAAUAGAUACAACUUUGAAUAAUGUAUUACAAUAAUUAGAUUGUGUAAUUUGUUAUACUGCAAUGAAUGAUCCUGUAUCAAUGAAAUGUGGACAUAGUUUUUGUAAGUCAUGUAUGACUCAAGACUAAAAUAAUUCUAAGAAAUGUCCAAUUUGUAGGUAUGAUUAAUGAAAAAUUUAGAGUGGAGUAGGUAGAUGAGGUUUAUCUAAGUGAAAAUAAUAAAUUCUUAACAAAGUUAAUUUAAUUACGAUUAAGUUUUGAGAAUUAAUAAAAUUUAUAAUAGGAGGAUGAUGUUUAAAACUAUUAUAAAAUAUAUAUAAAACCAUAAAGUAGUGAGACUUAUGAGUAAAAAAUAAUCUUCAGAACUUAAUAAUCUCUAAAGUAUUUAAUUGAAGAAGAAGUAGAAAUUGAUACUAAGAGAUUUAAAUCAUUAUCUGUAUAAUAGUUUUAAUAAGUAUUACAAUAAAAUCUUAUUUUUAUUCUUAUUGAUAAAAAUGAGAAUGCUUAUAUAGUGAAAAAUAUAUUGACUCAUAUAAGCAAGAGUAAAACAAGAAUUAAAGUUGAAUAUUAAGAUAAAAUAAAAAUUGUAGAAUAAUAUUUCUCUGAAAUUCAUUUGAAUACAGAAAAUGGAGAAUACAUAUUUGAAUCAUAAUUUGCAACAGCAAUUACUUUAGAAGAUCAAAAUAUAGAUUUAAAUAGUUUUGAAAUCCAAAAAUAACUCAAUAAUUUGAUUAAUAAUAUAAAAGGAUUCUUUAAUCAAGCUCUAUUAAAUUAAUAAUAAGAUUAGACAUAUUAAACUAUAUAUUCAUACUUAUCAUAAGUAGGAAUUUUGAGUUUAUCUAAUUCUGAUAUAAUUAGUAAUUAUGACUAAAUAAGAAAAUAUUCAUACUUAGUACCAAAUAUAUUAAGAAUACCUGAGAAGGAAAGAGUAGAAAUCUAAUAGACAAAUAAUUUAAUUACUAGAUUAGAGUUAAUUCAAAAAAACUUAAAUAGAUUCAAAUAAUGCUCUAAUAUAUUAAUGAUAUUUCAAAUUCAAAGAUAGAAUCAAGAUUCUAGAAGGAAUAUCAUAAUUUUUAUUAUAGUAUUUUUUUUGUUUUUAUCGUUUGUCCUAUAGUUGUGA